GAUAAUGGCCAAAAAUGCCAUGACAAAGCGAAAAACGCUAAUCUUUGCCUGUUUCGGCAUUGCCAUUGGCCUUUGCAUUGGCACCGUACUGAAAAAUUAUCGAGCCCUCGAAAUUGUCAAACGAUGUAGCCUCAAGCCGAAUAAUCAAAAAACCCCAUACGAAAUCAUUGGCCUCCGACCCGAAGAUACAAUACAAAAUUCACAGAAAAAUCUUGUCUUUGUCGGUGUAAUGACUGCGAAAAAUUUCAUCGAAGGUCGAGCGAGAGCUGUCUACGAUACAUGGGGUAAAGAGGUACCGGGUCGUAUAGCAUUUUUCAGUUCAGAAGGUUCCUUUUCGGAUGAACUGCCAGUGGUGGGUUUGAAAAAUGUCGAUGAUCGUUAUCCGCCGCAAAAGAAGUCCUUCAUGAUGCUCUACUAUAUGUAUGAGAAUUUCAUUGAUAAAUUUGAAUGGUUUAUUCGGGCGGAUGAUGAUGUCUAUAUCGAACCGCAGAAAUUGGAGAAUUUCUUGAGAUCCAUUGAUAGUUCCAAGCCACAAUUUAUAGGCCAAGCUGGUAAAGGAAACUCCGAAGAAUUUGGCCUGCUGUCUUUGGAGUUCGAUGAAAACUUUUGCAUGGGUGGUCCGGGUGUCAUUUUGAGCAGUGAGACCUUAAGGAGAGUGGCCCCUCACAUACCCACCUGCUUGAAAAAUCUCUACAGCACCCAUGAGGAUGUUGAGGUCGGGCGUUGUGUUCAAAAAUUUGCCGGCAUACCUUGCACCUGGAAUUAUGAGAUGCAAUAUAUUAUGCGGCACAAUUCCAGCGGUCGGGCUGCCUUCACGGGAAAAUUAAAACGCAAAGAGAUCCAUAAUGCCAUAUCUUUGCAUCCGAUUAAACAAGCACCGCUUAUGUAUCGUCUACACUCCUAUAUACAGGGUCUUAAGGCUGAAGAAAUGCGUCAGGAAUCGCUGAUGUUGCAUCGUGAUAUAAAACGUAUGGCUAAAUAUUUGGAAAUACCCGACGAUAGUAGAUAUUUGGUGCCGGGUAUAACGCUGAUACCCGAAGAGGAGAAUAGCAAACGUCACAUUGAGGAUCAUAAUAUAUUGGGCAUUAGUCCCGAUUUAAAUAAAUACGUUCCAAAGACCAAAGAGGACCUUUUGGAAUGGUCAUUUAUUGCACGCGGCCUCUAUUCCAUUGAACAUGCAAAUCCAAAACAUAAAAUCGAUUCCGCCACCCGGGAAGGUUUGGAAGAUGUCAUAACGGAAGUCAUGGAAAAUAUCAAUAAUUAUUCCCGGCAACGGGGUCGUGUCAUUGAAUUUCGUGAAUUAUUAUAUGGCUACAGCAGAUUGAAUACCCUGCAUGGACAAGAUUUGAUAUUGGACCUGUUACUGAUCUAUAAAAAAUAUCGUGGCAAGAAAAUGACAGUCCCAGUGAGACGUCAUCUCUAUGUGCAGCGGGCAUUUACGGGAAUUUUCGUGAAAGAGUUUGAGGAGGAUUUCUAUAAUACCACGGUGCAGAGGAGUUUCUUCAAACACAUUUUGAAUCAGGGCGUGGAAAAACUCUCCAAUCAUUUUUCCUUGCCGGGAAUUCUACCCUCAUCGCGUACCUCAAGCGUGGGGGCAAAUUCCAAAAUCGUUUUUGUUUUGCCCAUUGCCGGCCGUUUGUCUACCUUUAAGAGGUUUUUGGACACCUAUGAAUCUGUGGCCAUUGCUGAGGAUAAAAAUUGUGAUUUACUUGUGGUGAUUUUUGGCAGCCAAGAUGAGAUACGCGACCAUUUGGAAUUGCUGCGACAAUUGAAGAGCCGCAACAUUUACCAACAAAUCAAUUAUAUACAGCGACAAGAAGAUUUCUCAAGAGGUGUGGCCUUGGACACCGCCGCCCGUUCCUCCUACAUACAAGAUGAUAAUAUAAUACUCUUCAUUGACGUGGAUAUGGUCUUUAAACUGGAAACUCUGCAAAGAAUACGCAUGAACACAAUACAGGGUAGUCAAGUCUAUUUGCCAAUUGUUUUCAGUCAAUAUGACCCGAAACGCCAGCAACAGGAAUUCAUAGCGCCCGAAGAAAUCACCAAUGAAUCGGGUUAUUUUCGACAAUUUGGAUUUGGUAUUUGUGCCAUUUACAAAUCGGAUAUUAUGGAUGAAAGCAUAAAUGGUUUCGAUAAAGACAUUACCGGUUGGGGUCUGGAGGAUGUUAAGUUUCUGGAGAAAAUUGUCAAAAAUGGCCAUCAACAAAAUACGUUUAUGGUCAAUACAGCCGAAGUGUCGGAAGAUUAUAAUGCCAAGGCAGCCCAGCUGAGACGUUUAUCCAUUUUUCGGGCACCCGAUCCCAGUUUGGUACACAUUUAUCAUGACAUUAGCUGUGAUGUGAAUUUGGAAGUGGCCCAGUACAAUAUGUGUUUGGGUACCAAGGCGAAUUCCGUGGGCAGCACAAAACUCAUGGAGAGCAUAUUCUUCAAUAGUGUGGAUAAUUUGGAGUUUAUUAAAGAAUUUAAUCGUCGAAAAGAGGUUAGGUGA